AUGGCACCACCCCCGCAUUCUUCAUCAUCACACCGACGCGAGCCCAGCAGUACUCCGUCGCCUAUAACGGGAGCAAGUGGUGCGCCAAUCACUUCCGGACCUCAACUCUCUUCAUCGGAGACUACCAGCCCAACGAGUCGUCGGCACUCGAAGGAUUCCGAAGGCUACCCGACAUGGCUUCCGAAACGACCUCCACCACCAGCGCCAGCUUCGACCCUCGGCGCUGCGAGCCAUAUCCACUUCGGCUCUACGCCGAGUCCUGUUGAUGUCGAUGCCGACGCGGAGGGUCUGGGGCAGACGGAAGCAUAUGCGGACCCGGAGGCUAAUUAUGGCUACCCAGCAUACCCAUACGACCACGAACACGAUCAUGAACUCGGACACGAUCCACAGCGGCAGGCUCAGGCGCAAAUAGGCGGGCGAAAGCCAACACCGCGCUCGGUGCGCAUCGUCAGUCUCCAGGACUCAUUUGUAGGUGCGGUGGAGAAGAGAGCGACGGGCAAUACGUCUCGGGAGCCAACGGACCAGACGCUCAUUUCUGGUGUCAACGCGCCUCCGCGGGUGUUCACUCGCGCGUCCUAUCCGAACAACAACCCGACGGCGUUCCUGCCAUCCUCUGCCCAGCCCAUGUCCCCUUACGCUUACGCCAACACGAAUCUCGCGCCCCCUGUCCAACCACGAUUUAACGCCAAAAACCUCAACCUCCAGAUCCUGCUCAAUCCUUCGAAAUGGAUGAAGCUGUACUUUUACCUUUGGCCCUUUUUGGUGUUUUACCACAUUCCGUUGCAGAGCUUCUUCGACUUUAAUGCCGUUUUCAUUUUGGUCCAGGUCUCAAAGUUCCCGAAUUCAACGUCACCCUCCUCUUCUAGGAAGAACUGGGCCCUCGGAGCAGCGGCCUACAUCGCGUGCUGGUUCGCGUGGAUUCUCUUCGUGUGUAUCAUGUAUGAACUCGUAUAUUCCUUUUCGAGACGGUGGCGGCUUCGCCGGCCUCUCAUGCUCCCGAUAUUCCUUUCCUCUGCUGGGUUUAACCUCGCGGCUAUGACGUCGUACACCAACUUCAGCUUCCUCCAACACCUCCGAAUCUCCGCGUUCAUGCGCCCAGAAGACGCGUAUCUCGCCAGUGGCGCCGGCACAGCAGCAGCCACAGGUCCAAUCGUGAUCCCCGUCACCGAAGUCGAAGAAGAAGUACACGUGCGGCGCGACGGGCAACAGGUGCCCGGUCAAAGUGAGGACGUCGAGCGCAGCAGUAUGGUUGAGGUCGAUGAUGGGCUGGACGACGAGUUCACAGGCGAGUUUGGCGAGAUUUUGGAGGUGGAUGAGAAGCGCCGCAGGAGGCAUGUCGCACAAGCUCAGACGCCCAAAGCGAGCGCUUCGAAUUCGGCAUCUACACCAUCGUCGACGCAGCGCGUCAAGCAGCGUCGGACCGCGCUUCAUGGAGACGAUGGCGAUAGCGACAGGAAGAGGAAGAAGAAGGUGGAGAUCGCGUGGAAGCAGGGAUUGGCGGAGACGUUCUUUUUCUACUCCCAGAAUGUUCCAACUGUUGCGCUGCUCCUUCCCCGCGCUGCGCUCUGUCUUGCUCUUUUGUUCGCGUUUUCGUCGUCUGCGCCGUCGUUGAAUGGGCCUUCGAAUAGGGACGGAACAUUCUUCCGCUCUGAUGGAAGCCUUACGGACUACUCGCGUGGUAUCCUUAUCGCGAAUGCAGCGUGGACGGGAUGGAGAGCAUUGGUGGUACUGGUUUCCUGGCUUGGCCUUUGGAUCUUCUCCAACCAGCGACUAGGCGGACUGUGCGGACCCCGCCAUACAUGGGACGAAUACGCACAGGAAAAGACCCGCGCCCGCUACUCCGCAGCAGCAUCCGAAUACGAAGCGUAUCGCUCCAGCUUCUACGGGUUCCCAGGGAGCCCGUACGCAGGCACCCCGUACGGCGCAGACGACAGGCGAAGCGACUAUGGAGGCGAUGAGCUGGCAUGGGCGUGGAGGGAGACAACGCGCACGCGGGUGCAGGACGCAUUCGAGUUUUGUCUUAUGACGCGGCGGAGGAGCGGCGGCGGCGGCGUCAACGAUGCGGGUCAGGCAUUAAGGUGGUCGGCAGCCCCAGCUGUCAGACAUGGACAGCCUGAUGGCCUGUCGAAAGAGCCACGAGGUCCAAAGCUGGACGCUGCGAAAGCCAGUGAGAAGGAGGAAGAGUUUGAAGGCAUUGAAAAGGUCCUGGCUGCUGUGGGAUUGGGAGGCGGGCCGUCGCCUGCGAAGCGCGGUGUGCUGAGCAAGGAUUUGUUCUCCGGUCCUCCUCCGCCGAUGGGCUCUCUGAUACCGGACGUUGUGGUUGCCGAGGCGUCAACUUCGACGGGUAAAGGCGUAUUUGUUCCUGUGGGUACCGAGCUGGAAAUGCCAAAGGUCGCUAAAAGGAAUUCGAAAGACAAGGAAGGUCCUGUGAUUCCUUAUCCAUUCUCGAAUCCUGGAGCGGGACAGGUGUCGAGUAAGGACUCGGUGCCUUUCCCUGCUAGCGUGAGCUCGGACGCUGAAAAGGAGAAGAAGGCCAGCUCCAAGUCAAGCAAGAGCAAGAGCAGCUCCAGCGCUACCAGUGGCACCAGCGAAGAGAUCGACGAUGAUGAGGAAGAGGAUGAUGAUGAGGAGGAGGAUGACGACGAUGAGGAUGAUGAUGAUGAGGACGAUGAUGAGGAAGAUGAUGAAGACGAUGAAGAUUUCGAAGGCAGCGAGGAACCAUCCUCUGGUCGCGCCUCUGGCUCAAUGUCAUCCCUCGGUCAACCCAUCAGCCCGUCUUCCCGCUACCCUUUCAGCCUUCGACGACCCGCAGGUGCAGGACAUGGACGCACAAUGUCUGGUGUAUCGUCUGCAUUGUCUUCAGGCGGCGCUGGCUCCGUCAUUACCCAUAGCACGGGCAACCAGGAAUCUGCGGAAUCGAGCAGCCCCGGCCACAUCCCCAUGCCUCCACGACACCCCGCAGCCGCUGCAAAUGCUGGACGAGCACGCAGUGCACAUGUGCCCAUCGCGUUCCCUAGUGUUUACAGGCAGAGGAUGGAUAGCGGACCUACUACGAGCAAUGGAAUCAUUGUCGAUCCGGCCGUUAGCUAUUUUGACCACGAUGAUGAUGACGAGGCUGAGGACGAGGACGAACAUGGGGAAGAAGAAGAGGAAGAUGACCAUGGAGAACAUGAGGACAGCGUCGGCCUGCUGGGAAUUCCAUCUUCAGCGCGCAAUUCGCGUGUCUCGCUGUCCAAUACGUCCUCGUCUGGCGAAGCUUCACGGUCGCGUACUCAUUCACGCCAUUCAGUCCGGUCGCGAACACGAACACAUUCGUCGUCGCGCGUUGCACCCUCUCUGCACAGUGUACGUGAACGCGCAAACUCUCUAGGUGCCUCUAUGCGCUCUUUGAUGCAAGGUGCUGCUUCAGCCUCCAUGACACAAUUGGACAACAUUAUGCGCGGUGCGACGGGUCCUGCAGCGGGUCUAGGUGGCUUUGGCAAUAGGAGCAGCAGUAAUGGAAGUGCAAGUGGAAGCGGCAGUGGUCACAGCAGUCGUCCACGCAGUCGCGUCAACUCGUCAAUGGCCAGGCUGGAAGAGGACGUCGUUCUUGAUUUGCCUCCGGUUCAUCAAUAUCAGAAUCCUCGAUUCGAACAGGAUCUAGAAGCGUACUCGUCGUCUGGGGGUACGCAUUCGCGCAGUGGAAGCGAGAGUCUGAGCAUGAGCGCUGAAAAUUACACGUUCGGUCGUCCCAUGCCAUUCCUUCGCCAACCUCCACCUCCCUCACCGGUCCACGAACAACCUGAAGUGCCUGAUACUCCUGUCGAUCCCACCACACAAGGCGUGCCUCAGUCUUUGGAAUCGCAGAUGUACUUCGACGUCGACGAAAGAGCAGAGAGCCCAGCAUCUGCGGCUAUCCCAAUUCCAAUCCACCCAUCUACUUCUCCAACAAAUACGAUGAAUACUGCUCUUUCUGGUUCGCCUCCUCAGUCAAGCAGCGAUGAUCACUCUGGCUCCUCUGAGCGACAAGGAAUACCCAUCCCGUGGACACUCCCUGCCUCACACCGCAUCUUCCUCCAUCCCCCUACACCGAACACUCUAGCCCUUCCUCCCCGCCAGACUGCCAACACUGAAACCAGCAGCAGUGGUUCUCCUCCGGACAUCAGUACUGCCGCCGGUAGCUUUGUCACCGCACCAGCCACACUCGACACGGACACCGCGACGUUAAGCAACAUGUCGCAAGCGACGAUUGGUCCUGACGACGGAAGCUGGGGAUCAUCGGCUGUGCGCAGACAUCGUGCAAAUAUGUCUGGUGGGCCGUUGGUGGACAGACCGGCCGAUGAUACUGGGCCAUCGUGGCAUAUUAUGUGA